UUGGUUGCCACCAUUCUCAACAGUCAACACAAGAAAACAUUGAGAACCGCCUCCCCGAUAACAUGCCGACCCAAACUCUUUAGUAACACAAACAAAAAUGUUGCUACCUAUGUCUGUCUGCGGCCACGAAGACCUCGAACUCUCCAGAGAUGGCAGCCACUACAGUCUCUCUACCGGGAUAUUACCUUCUCUCGGCGCCCGAAGUAACCGCAGAAUCAAGCUCAACCCUUUCAUUCUCUCUCCCUAUGACCGCCGCUACAGGAUAUGGGAAACUUUCCUUGUUAUUUUGGUAGUUUACACUGCUUGGGUUUCUCCCUUUGAAUUCGGAUUCCUUAAGAAACCAGAAGCACCCCUUUCCAUUACGGAUAAUAUUGUCAAUGGAUUUUUUGCCGUGGAUAUAGUUCUAACCUUCUUUGUGGCUUACAUUGACAAAACCACUUAUUUGAUCGUGGAUGAGCCAAAACAGAUUGCUUGGAAAUAUGCAAGAACUUGGUUGGCCUUUGAUGUCAUCUCUAUUAUUCCUUCAGAGCUUGUUCAGAAAAUAUCACCUUCUCCUCUUCAGUCUUAUGGACUAUUCAACAUGCUUCGCCUUUGGCGUCUUCGAAGAGUUAGCGCUUUGUUUUCUAAGCUUGAGAAGGACAGAAACUAUAACUAUUUUUGGGUUCGGUGUGCUAAGCUCAUUGCAGUUACCCUCUUUGCUGUUCAUUGUGCUGCAUGUUUCUAUUAUCUUAUUGCUGCACGUUAUCAUGAUCCCAAAAAGACAUGGAUUGGGGCAACGAUGGAUAAUUUCCUUCAACAUAGCUUGUGGUCAAGAUAUGUGACAUCAAUUUAUUGGUCUAUUACUACCUUAACAACGGUUGGUUAUGGAGAUUUGCAUCCAGUGAAUUCAAGGGAGAUGAUCUUUGACAUCUUUUACAUGCUCUUUAAUCUGGGGUUAACUGCAUAUCUGAUUGGUAACAUGACCAACUUGGUCGUCCAUGGCACAAGUCGUACCAGAAAAUUUAGGGAUACAAUACAAGCUGCAUCAAAUUUCGCCCAUAGGAACCAAUUGCCUCCUCGUCUGCAAGACCAAAUGCUUGCUCACUUAUGUUUGAAGUAUAGGACAGACUCAGAAGGGUUGCAGCAGCAAGAGACACUUGAUUCUCUUCCUAAAGCCAUCAGAUCGAGCAUUUCACAUUAUCUUUUCUAUUCUCUCGUUGAUAAGGUCUACUUGUUUCGUGGGGUUUCAAAUGACUUGCUCUUUCAAUUGGUGUCAGAGAUGAAAGCUGAAUAUUUUCCACCCAAAGAAGAUGUUAUCUUGCAAAACGAAGCCCCCACUGAUUUUUAUAUUCUAGUCACUGGUGCCGUGGACCUACUAGUUCUUAAAAAUGGGGUUGAACAGGUUGUUGGAGAGGCCAAAACUGGUGAUCUCUGUGGUGAGAUUGGUGUGCUUUGUUAUAAGCCACAGCUUUUCACAGUUCGAACGAAGCGUUUGAGCCAGUUGCUGAGGCUAAACCGUACAGUGUUCUUGAAUAUUGUUAAGGCCAACUUAGGAGACGGAACCAUAAUCAUGAAUAAUCUCCUUCAGCAUUUGAAAGAGCUCAACGAUCCAAUCAUGGAGGGAGUUUUGGUGGAGAUUGAGAACAUGAUAGCUCGUGGUAGGAUGGACCUACCAGUAAGUGUAUGCUUUGCGGCAGCAAGAGGAGAAGACUUGUUGCUACAAUUGCUGAAGAAGGGCAUGGAUCCAAAUGAAUCCGACAACAAUCGAAGGACAGCUUUGCAUAUGGCGGCAUCUCAAGGAAAAGAGAACUGUGUUUCGCUUCUGUUAGAUUAUGGGGCGGAUCCCAACAUUAGAGAUUUGGAUGGUAAUGUGGCACUGUGGGAGGCUAUGGCAGGAGGACAUGAGUCAGUGAGCAAGUUGUUAGCAGAAAAUGGAGCUAACUUGCAGUACGGGGAUGUGGGUCAGUUUGCAUGCAGUGCCGCUGAACAAAACAGUCUCAACUUGCUGAAGGAAAUAGUGCGGUAUGGGGGAGAUAUCACGCUUCCAAAUAGCAACACUGGGACCACAGCUUUGCACGUUGCUGUCUCUGAAGGCAAUGUUGAGAUUGUCAAGUUCCUUUUGGAUCACGGGGCAAGUAUCGACAAGCCAGACAAGCAUGGUUGGACCCCAAGAAAUCUAGCAGAUCAGCAGUCACAAAGUGAAAUCAUUUCCAUUUUUCAAUCCACUGGGGCUGGGGCUGGGGCUGGGGCUGGGGACCCUUGGCUUCACUCUUCAUCACUUCCUAUUCCCGAUAAGCAGAGUAAGAUGAGGUACCUUGGAAGGUUCACAAGUGAGCCAACCAUGCCUCUGCCCCUUGAUGCCUCGUUUCAUGCAACUGAUGCCUCUUGGAGCCAAAGCCGUCCAAGGCGUAGGAGCAACAAUUACCAUAACUCCCUCUUUGGGAUAAUGUCAGCAGCACACAACGGGGAGAAGGACCUGCUUUUGUCUCUUGACAUGAAUACCAAUGCCAGGAGUGGUCUCAAGAGUCGAGUUGGAGGAACCAGAGUGGUAGUUAGUUGCCCUGAAACGGGUGAGGAUGUUGGCAAGCUUGUUUUACUACCUCCAACCUUUCAAGAGCUGCUUCAGAUUGGAGCCAACAAAUUUGGUAUCCGUCCUGCCAAGGUUGUGCUCAAAGAUGGAUAUCAGGUUGAAGAUAUAGAUGUCAUUAGAGAUGGUGACCAUCUUGUUUUUGUAGGUCAUAGUGGGGUACUAUAAUCCAAUUCUAAUCAACGUUUUUACUUUUAACUUCUUCUUUUUCUUUCUGGUUUCAUCUGUUCUCUCAAUUGUAAAUCUUUAGCAGGAAAGCUUUGUUAGAAUGCGAAAUAAAAUAUUUUAGUCUAA